CGGAGGGAAGCCUGUGCGAUCGUGGCACCAGCGGAGUGGAGCAGCAGCGAGCGCAGUCCGCAUAUGUAAAAGAGCCACCGCAAUCCAACGUGUCUGUUUUAUCACCUGAGGAUCUUCGUAGGUCAAGUGUCCUGUCGAGCACUUCGGCUUGCUGAAAUAAAAGAUUAGUACGGGGAGAGAUUUAAAAAGGACCUCUGAUUCUAACGCGUAACUUCCCGAAUUCCAUUUAGAAGACAUUUCACCUUAGCCUCUGCACCACAGGAGGUUGUAAUCGACUGGCAAGACUUGAGCACACUCCACUGGCCUUGGAGCUAAACACACCGAAUUGGAGCAGCAGCAGCUGAAGCAAAAUCCAACCAGUUGAUUGGCACCCCGCCGACCUCUUCCUGACCAUGUGGGGUGUAUGUGUGACGGUUCUGACGCUAGCCUCUCUCAGCUCAGGAGACACUGACACACACAGGCCAAGACACGACUCGAACCUGCAGAUCUAUAAGCGUCUGUUUGAAACAAAGAGAAGAGAUCAACUCAACGCGCUGAAGAAUCUGGUCGAGCUGAAUGACAUUAACCAGCAAUAUAAGAUCAUCGACAUCAUGCUCAAAGGCCUCUUCAAGGUUUUGGAAGACUCCAAAGAAAUCCUGGUCUCAGCCAACAUGCAGCCCGAUGACCCAUUCCCUCUGGAUGAUAAAAUCAAAGAAGCUUAUUCCCACAUCGUGGAGAACACGGCAUUUUUUGGCGACGUGGCGUUGCGCUUUCCACGCAUUGUCCACCACUACUUUGACCGGAAUCCCGACUGGGGUGGAUUGCUGCGGUGGGGGCUUAAUUUUUGUAACCAGACCGGCGUUUUCACAGGAGGAGCCCACCAACAUGUCCUCACACUGAUGUCGCAGGAAUUGGGAAUAACAGAGAAAUCUCCGGACUUCAUCAACCCUUACCGGACAGAAAGAGACGAUGUGCUUCACACUGCGGAGGCCUUCCAGAAGAUCCUGAGGGAGGAAGAGAAGAGGAGGAGGAAGGAGGAGAAGAGGAAAGAAAUCCGAAAAGGCCCUCGCAUAUCUCGCUCCCGCAGCGAGCUAUAGCAGCACACCUCAGCGGGGGCUUAGAAGAGGAAGAGAAAGGAUGGAGGGAACAAGCGGUUUCCCUUGUAGACUCUUUAUGACAGAGUGGGAAACAAAAGCCAUUAUCACUUUGUCAUCACAAAGGACGAACAUCGUGGAAGAUUAAAUGCGACAUCACAUGAUGUAAAAAAAAAAACAAACAAACAUGGAAUUGGGGUGUGAAUUGCUGUACACAGACAGUGAUUCAUCAUUCGAAGAUAAAAAAAAUGUUGUGUUCCAGGCAAAUGUCGGAAGGUAUAACUGUUAUUGUUUUUUUUUGUUGUUUUUUUUAAGCAUCUAAGGGUAAAUUAAGGAUUAAACAUCUGUGUUUUAAAAUUAAUUUAAUGUAUGUGAUUUACUUCAAAACUUGACUGUUUUGCAGUUUCGACAUUCACCGUCUGUUUUUAAGUCCUUAUGCUACAGGUUGCUAAAUAUAAAUUAGAGAUCACCUCGCUGAAUAUGAUUGACCUGUUUCUGAUUAGGCGACGCAAAUGAUUAUGGGUUUGAAACUUGCUCAACGAUGUACAGCUGUAUCUCACAAACCCAAGUCCAAUGACGUUGGGACGUUGUGUAAAACAAAUAAAAACCGAAUACAAUGUUUUGUAAA